AUGCUAUCACGCCAAGAGAACAUCGUGACGCGAGUAAAACUCCCGGAGCGCUGCGAUGCUGCUUCAGGUGAGUCCAGGACUGUGUGGCCGGAGGGAGUUGUGAGGGAGUUUAUGGCGAUUGAGUUCAAGAGAGGUGAGACACCGGUCAUUGAUCCUACUGGGGUGGACGACGAUGACGAAGGGAGUCUUUUUGUUGCGCAAGGUGAAGACCUGGAGGCUUUUGAGCCAGAUUCACAGCCCCAGCCGCCAUCGGAGUACGGUCAACGUAUAUCAAGACGUUCAACAGCAAUUCCAGCAGAAACUGCGGCAACAACUCCAAACUCAGCCGCGACCACAACAAUAGCCCCAUCACACACCUCCCGCGCCUCCACUAUCCCCAUGCCCCAAGACCAUGGACCUCUUGACCGCACUUUUGAAGGAAUCUGA